CUCUGUUGUUCAUCCUACCUCGAAUGAUCAGAAGCUCGGCGUCUAUUCGUACAGGUGUCCACAAAACCAUGACCACCUGAAGAGCUCUGCCGGCUGUCUUUUUGUGUCGCUCAGAUUCAGAGUCCCGUGUGCGCCUCGUUCACAUCGCUUAGAUCAACAUGCCUCGAGCACGUCGAUCCGCACGUCCACCUUCUCGACGGUCAUCCAAACUUGGGGCUAUAGAGACGCGUUUUCACCUCUUCACAUAUGCUCUAUCCCGCAUUCCACCCAAUCGGUUGCCCCUGCUUGCACUGUACGCUUAUGCCGUAGUGCGCGCGUGCGAGGCCGGAUGGAUCGACCGAGAAGCGACCGGCAAGGCUGGCCAGGCUGUUGUUGGGGUCUUGUCCAUGGUAACGGGCCUUCUACUCUCAUACAAUUUCUCCAACUCUGUCAGCAAGUGGGAACAAGGCAAAAAAGUCUGGGUAGACGUCAGGACCACCAUUCGAGAUGCCGUUAGAACUAUCUCAAUAUCGGAACCAAGUUCAAGCGCUCCCUCGCCAUCCGUGACAAUGUCGAGCGUCGACGACCUCGAUGAUUUGUCCGAAGAACGAGAUUCGGAGGAUAAAUCUGGCCCCGAAGUCAGGUCAUUACGACGGUCCAAUCGUCAAGGUUCAAGGCAGGCGUCCUCGCCAUCGUCCACAUCCAGCAAGAUGCUUCGGACGUCCCCUACACCGAUGCGCGGCGUGACCGCUGGCGUACAAUCGGGGGCCGAAGAGAAGGUUCACGAGCUUACCGGACUAUUCCUCGGUUUUGCGUUCGCCCUCCAGCAUCAUCUACACAACACCCGCCCACUGCCUCAACCUCCUCUGUGUGACCUGCUUCCUCCAGCGUAUUUGACAUCUUUGAAGCGGACCGAAGCUCGUGUCCGAUUUGCCGACGAAAACGCGGUGCCUCAGCCAGACUCAGACGACUGUGCGCUCUCAGACUCUGCGUCUCCCAUCUCACAUUUGAACGAUCCAUUCCGGCCGGGUUUAAAGCGUAGAGGGACAGGUCCAACCACUCGAGCUCAAAUGAAAGCCGCCGGUGCUGACGAGUGGGACCUGUCGACCCUAGCUGGUUCGGCGACCUCGGUACUGUCCAAAGUUUCGAACAGUUCGAAUCCGGACGACGAUAAAAUCUUCAAACAACAACUCUCUCAGCUCAACAUACCCCGCACACCCUCGCCGCUCCUAUCGUCCGAAAAGAACUAUGAGUACGGCUUCAAGACUCCUACCUCUCCUGCGCCAACAUCUCCGGCUCUGAGCAAUACAACCCCUAGACCCAAGAGCAAUCUCACUGCGCCGAACCCUCCAAAUCUCCCGCUAGCAUUGUUACGACUUAUGGAAUCAUACUCGAUUGGUUUGGCGACCGUCUCACGCGGAAAGGGAGGCUGGAGCGAAUCGAAGCGUGAUCGACUUUUAGGCGAGGUGAAGAGUUUAGCCCACUUGCUUGGCGAGGCGGAGAGGCUCUCCUCAAAUCCACCACCUCUCCCAUUGUCUCUUCACUUGGCUCAUCUUCUUUUGAUCUACAUCGCCGCCCUUCCUUGUUCUCUUCUGUGCAAUGUGGGAGGACCGCUUGUCAUAGUCAUCACAAUUCUGGCUGGAUGGUGUCUGUUCGGCCUCGAGGCGUUGGUCAAGGAAGUCGGUGGGGUCUAUGGUAUAUCGGAGAACCAUCACCCGCUGCAAGAGUACGCUCAGCAAAUCCUCAUAGAGUCCCUCGAGAUAUACUCGUCAUUCUUGCGAUACUAUCGCUCCCGCCUCAUCUCACGCUUAGGUGAAGAAGACUUGGAGGUGUGUGAGUUAGACCGAAGGUUCAGACGAUCCACUUGCGAGAUCGAAGAGUGGACGCCUAGCUUCGCGGUGUAAGUUCUAGUUUGAUGUGCAUGACAUUACGACGCGACAUAGGUCGCCUCCUAGAUCCUGUUGUAGAUGACAAGCAUUCAUUCCCCUAAUGAUAUUCGAUGCCACCCUG